AUGAAUCCUUUGAUGGAAAAGGAUUUAAAGUAAAGCAUGGAACUAUUGAAACAUAUCUGUUAUCCUAGCAAUGGAAUGGUAUUCAUUAUUCAUGACAAUCAUAUUGGUUAUCUAGCAACAGGAAGAUUAGUAAUAAAAGAAGGACAUCUAGAUGAUAAUGCAUAUGUUAAGAAAAACAAUAAAGAAUGGAUUAGAUAUGUGCCAUAUAAAGAAAUCCCUAUGAUUAUUGAUCCUGAGAAAGAAUACAUUGUGGUUGCAAAUAAUAAAUUUAUUCCUGAUUAUGAACUAAGUUGGAAUUCACAACCAACAAGUAGAGCAAGAAGAUUAAAUGAUUUAAUUAAUCAAAAUCGCUAUAGGAGAGAAGUUUACUAUUACAAAUCAUAUAAAACUUUAAUCAGACACUUGAUAGUUAAUACGAAAAAUAAAUUAAUGGAGUUGCUUUAUAAAUAUGAUUAAAAACAUGAUUUAUCAAAUGAAAUUUCAAUAUUAGAAAAUUGGACAUAUAUGGGAAUAAGAUUCCUAAGGUGCCUUAUUAUAUGGAUUAUUUGA